AUGAGACUGAUUGGACAAUUACGACGGUUCGGUCACUAUCGAUACGUUCAUCAGGUGACGAGUUUUUCCGGAUGGGGUAGCUGGGCAGACUAUAUAAGAGCUUGGCCCUUCACCAAGAGGUUUCAUCACAGGUCCUACCAUCAAAUCAUAAAUAUGGGUAUUCUCGACAUUGUUCCUACUGGUGUUAUUAGCGGUGACAACGUUUUGAAGUUGUUCACCUACGCUCGUGAGCACGGAUUUGCUAUCCCUGCCAUCAACGUCACCUCCUCUUCUACCGUUGUUGCUGCUCUCGAAGCUGCUCGUGAGGCUCGUUCCCCCAUCGUCUUGCAAUGCUCUAACGGUGGUUCCGUUUUCUUCGCCGGCAAGAAGUCCUCUAACGACGGCCAAAAGGCUUCCAUCGCUGGAUGUGUUGCUGCCGCUCACUACAUCCGCUCCAUCGCCCCCUUCUUCGGUGUCCCCGUCGUCUUGCACUCUGACCACUGCGCCGAGAAGCUCCUCCCCUGGAUGGAGGGUAUGUUCGCCGCUGACGAAGCUUACUUCAAGCUCCACGGUGAACCCCUUUUCUCUUCUCACAUGCUUGACUUGUCUGAAGAGCCCAAGGAACAAAACAUUGCCAGUGUUAAGAAGUACUGCGAACGUGCCGUCCAAAUGAAGAUCUGGAUUGAGAUGGAAAUCGGUAUCACUGGUGGUGAAGAAGAUGGUGUCGACAACUCUGGUGCCGAACAAAACACCCUCUACACUCAACCCGAAGACAUCUGGGAUGUCUACCGUGAACUCUCUAGCGUUACUCCUUACUUCUCCAUCGCUGCCGCUUUCGGUAACGUCCACGGUGUCUACAAGCCCGGUAACGUCAAGCUCCGCCCUGAAAUCUUGGGUGACCACCAAAAGUAUGUUCAACAACAACUCAAGUCCACCAACGACAAGCCCGUCUUCUUCGUCUUCCACGGUGGUUCCGGUUCUUCCGUUAACGAAUUCCGUACCGGUAUCAAGAGCGGUGUUGUCAAGGUCAACAUUGACACUGACACCCAAUACGCUUACCUCGAAGGUGUUCGUGACUACGUCUUGAAGUUCCAAGACUACCUCAAGACCCCCGUCGGUAACCCCGAGGGCCCUGACAAGCCUAACAAGAAGAAGUUCGAUCCCCGUGUCUGGGUUCACGAGGGUGAAAAGACCAUGACCAAGCGUAUCGUCACUGCUCUUGAGGACUUCUAUGCCAACAACACCCUCUAA